UCUUUCUCAGCCAAGCUGCACCCUAUCCUUUCUUUUCUUAGGUGACUUAUUGAAGACCCACAUUCCAGCCCUUUGCCACCUCUCUCUGCCUGUAAGUCCCAAGGACAUUUGUUAGUCCCCAACACCCUCAGGAAGGGAAGGAGGGGGGCACAAGAAUUUUUCUUUUUUCUUUUUCCCCCUGCCACGUCCUCCUAACUUCCUGAGGAGUCGAUCCCUCCCACUAGCAGGCAGUUAGCUGUGACUGCCCUGCAUGGGAACUGAGAUGACUGCUGGCUAAUCCUGGAGCUAAAGUUCCUAAGGCACUACAGGAAUGCCCGAUGCCCCUUUGGCAUGGUGGCUGAGGGUGGCGUUGGCAUGGCAGGACUGGAACACCAAUUACAAACCAGGAGAUACCAACAAACUCACUGUGAAUGAUGUCAUCAAGAGGACAGAGGAUUCUGAUUGAUAAAUCCCUUGACGAGAUGAAGUAAGGUUCCCAGUGAUUUACUUUGACAAACCAAAAUGGGUCUCAGUUCGCCCACCCUCAUUUUAGCAGCAACUGUGUCCUUGCUGGGUGGGAUUGUAUUUGGAUAUGAGCUGGGUAUCAUUUCUGGUGCCUUGCUUGUGCUGAAGACUGUGUACCAACUGACUUGCUUUGAGCAGGAAGCACUUGUUAGUGCUGUCUUGUUUGGGGCUCUGCUGGCCUCUCUUAUUGGUGGAAUCAUCAUUGACCGGUGGGGGCGUCGGACUGCUAUACUGGCCAGCAACCUCGUGGUGUUGGCUGGAAGCAUCAUUCUCAUAGCAACCUCAACUUUUUGGUGGUUGAUAGUUGGACGGGUCACCAUUGGAUUCGCCAUAUCUAUCUCCUCCAUGGCAUGUUGCAUUUACGUCUCUGAAAUAGUCCGCCCCCACCAGCGCGGUAUGCUUGUGUCUCUCUAUGAAACGGGCAUUACCGUUGGCAUCUUGAUUUCAUAUGCCAUGAACUACUUCCUGUCUGGUGUUAACGAGAGCUGGAAAUAUAUGUUUGGGUUGGCUAUUGUCCCAGCAGCUUUCCAGUUCAUCAGCAUUCUCUUCCUUCCUUCCAAACCUCAUAAAUUAAACUUUUGGGAGCAAGAUACUGAUGAUGGUUUCAUUGAACUUGAGGAAACUGGAGAAGCAGGGGAGUUCAAACCGGACACGUAUGACAGACAGUACACAUUUCUUGACCUCUUUCGCUCUAAGGACAAUAUGAGAACAAGGACACUGUUGGGUUUAGGGCUUGUGCUCUUCCAACAGUUCACAGGCCAACCCAAUGUACUUUACUACGCAUCAACCAUAUUCCAAUCAGUGGGUUUCCAAAGCAACUCGUCAGCUGUCCUGGCAUCUGUUGGGCUCGGCGUGGUCAAAGUUGCCUCAACACUAAUUGCUAUAUGUUUUGCAGACAAAGCUGGAAGGAGAAUUUUACUUUUGGCCGGCUGUAUCGUGAUGACCAUCGCCAUUACUGGAAUUGGCAUUGUAAGCUUCACUGUUAAAAUGGACUCCCACAGGGACUGUGGAUCUGUAACCGGCAGAAAUAUGUCCUCUGGGGAAUCCAAUGUUUCUCAGCUGCUUGGGAUAGUUCAUGCUGAGACCUCGACCAUAAAUACACUGGAUAAUUCCGUCCACCAGCUGGCCAUGGCGAUUCGUUCCCCAUCCUUAGCAAACAGUGCCAGUAGCAAUCACAAAGAUUUAAUAUCCCAGAAUUCCACAGUGCUUCCUGCUAGCCCCGAGCUGCCUUCAAAUUACACAAUUUUGAACUGGAUAACUUUAUUGAGCAUGAUGGCGUUUGUUAGUGCUUUCUCCAUUGGAUUUGGACCAAUGACCUGGAUAGUGCUGAGUGAAAUCUACCCAGCGGAUAUCAGGGGGAGAGCAUUUGCUUUCUGCAACAGCUUCAACUGGGCUGCCAACUUGCUGAUUACCCUCACCUUCCUGGAUGUGAUCGCUUCUAUAGGUCUGAGCUGGACUUUCCUGCUGUACGGAGUGGUGGGCCUGCUGGCCAUUGCCUUCAUUUACUUCUUCAUUCCUGAAACCAAAGGACAGUCCCUGGAAGAAAUCGAUAAACAGUUUUCAACAAAGAGGAUAUUACAGAAGAGAGAAACAUCUAAAGGAGUUGGAAAGAGACCAUCCAGUGGGCCUCCAUACCAAAGAAUAGGAAAAGCAAGCCCUUCAUAAUACAUUCCAGUGGAUUUGGAUACGACUAUAGGUCAGAUGAAAUGAUUGGUCUGUUAAAGAAUGGACAGUGUAGGAGACCAAAGGAACUCUGGUCAGUUGUUCAUCCAAAGACUUCCUUGGCUUCAUGGUUUAUAAUGUUCUUUUCAUGAAUAGACAGACGUCUUUAGGUCUCCCUGUGGGUCUGUCUCAAUUGCUGUGAUGGUCCAGUCACCUAAAGCCUUGGAAAUAAGCAAUAAAGGGGAAAUAAAGGGACUUUAUUUAUAAUAGGCUUUAGAGAACAGAGGUAAAAGUCCAAAUUAAACAUGAGUUUCUCUUAUUGGUACUUCUCACAGCCCUGUCCCGGGGAGACGUAAGGCUAUGCUGAAUGGGGGCUGUACAUUAAAAGACAAAGGAGCUAUGGAAAGUGGCACAUUAGUCCUCUUAUCGUUAAAAGAAACUCAAGUUUAACAUGGGGUUUAACUUGCCCUUUAAAAGCGAAUGUUUACAAAAUUUUCACAUGUCACAGUGAGAAUCAGAAAUAUCAGUGAUCCAGUUGUGGAUUGGUUUGAUUGGCAGGAACUAUAAGGGACAUGGGGAGCAAUGUAAUAAUUAAUGUUUACGCUCGGUCUAGUAACCCAUAGCAACCAAUAAUGUUCUAGCUUUUUAAACAUUGAAUGAGCAAAUGCUACCUGCUACAUGGUGAUGGGUCCCAUUUUGCUUUACCAAAAUAUUCCCAAAACGGCAUCAAUUAAAUCAGGAAACACAUUGAAAUCAAUGAGCGUUUUUUGUAGCGGCUUUUUUUUUCAAGUUGCGCAACUUUUAUAUAAAACUUUGUACAUGGGCGUUUUUUCUACCCAACACUAAUUAUUGCUGUCAUUGUUUAUUUAAUUUAAUAUAUUAUGCCAAAUAGAGGAUUCCUCAUUGAAUUGCUUUUAUUUAAGUGCCAUAAUGUUUGCACCAACAAUUUAGCUUUUUUAUUUUAAUUAAAAAUGAAUUAAACCCCC